UAUUUACUGGGUGGCAGCACUGGAUUGCUAGCAAGAGUAAACGUGAAAGAAAUAGCUAGUUUGUAAUUGGCAAAUUUUUAGUUAAUAUAUACAUUUAGUGCAUAUCAUUUAGGCUACAGACCCGCAUACAACCAUGCAGUGGGUGCCUAGGCUGCUGUUGCUUGUGCUGGCGAUGUUUUGCAGCAGCGUCGUCGUCGAUUGCUUCUAUGUGCCUGGCGUGGCGCCCGUUGAGUUUGUUCGCGGCCAAAAAAUCGAUGUGAAGGCGGUGAAAAUGACUAGCAGCCGCACUCAGCUGCCGUAUCAGUAUUAUUCGCUUCGUUUUUGUUAUCCCAAGAACGGCACACUUAUCUUCAAGUCGGAGAAUCUCGGUGAAGUGCUGCGUGGUGAUCGCAUUGUAAACACACCCUACGAGGUCCAAAUGGCUGAGAAUAUCAACUGCAAGCUGCUGUGCAAUCAAAAGGAUCUUCCUAUUACCUGGACCAAAGAGGACUCGGCAACGGUCGCGGAGCGCAUACAGCACGAGUAUUUUGUUCAUCUGCUCGUUGAUAAUCUUCCAGUGGCUACGCGCAUCGUCAACGUCAACAAUCCAAGUGAUAUCACCUACGAGCAUGGAUAUCGCCUUGGCCAAGUGGAUGGCGACAAUAUUUACAUAAAUAAUCAUUUGAAAUUUAUACUCUCCUAUCACAUGUACACUAAGGAUAAAUAUCGUGUGGUCGGCUUUGAGGUGUUGACAGGAUCAGUUAAUCAUAAGGAGCUUAAAUUUGAGGAUGACACAUGCAAUUUUCCUGAUAACCCGCGUCCACAGCUAGUAAAUCCGUCGGGAGAAACGAAACUUUAUUUUACAUACUCUGUUGUAUGGAAGGAGUCCAAGGUGAGCUGGGCCUCACGCUGGGAUAUCUAUCUGGGCAUGCGGGAUGUGCAGAUCCAUUGGUUCAGCAUCAUCAAUUCGCUGGUCGUUGUUUUCUUCCUUUCGGGCAUAUUGACCAUGAUCAUGAUACGUACACUGAGACGUGACAUUGCUCGCUACAACACGGAUGAUAACAUCGAGGAUACUCUAGAGGAGACUGGCUGGAAGUUGGUGCACGGUGAUGUCUUUCGUCCACCGAAAAAUACGCGACUCUUUUCCGCCAUUAUUGGCAGCGGCAUUCAAAUCUUCUUCAUGGCCAUGAUCACCAUAUUCUUUGCCAUGUUGGGCAUGCUAUCGCCUUCUUCACGCGGUGCUUUAAUGUCUUCCGGUAUCUUUAUGUAUGUGUUCAUGGGCACCAUUGCUGGAUACUAUGCAGCGCGUCUCUACAAGACGAUGAAGGGACGAGAGUGGAAGCGUGCUGCUUUCCUCACAGCUACCUUGUAUCCGGGAAUUGUGUUUGGCACUGGCUUCUUUUUGAACUUUUUCAUCUGGGACAAAUCCUCGAGUGGCGCUGUGCCCUUCACCACAAUGAUUUCGCUGUUGUUGCUCUGGUUCGGCAUUUCCGUACCGCUGGUUUACUUAGGAUUCUAUCUUGGCUAUCGCAAACAGCCGUAUCAGCAUCCUGUGCGUACAAACAUGAUUCCGCGCCAGGUGCCGGCACAACAUUGGUAUAUGAAUGCCGCAUUGAGCACUCUGAUGGCUGGCAUUUUACCAUUUGGAGCCGUGUUCAUAGAGCUGUUCUUUGUUUUUACGGCCAUUUGGCAGAAUCAGUUCUAUUAUUUGUUUGGUUUCUUGUUUCUGGUCUUUUGCAUUUUGGUUGUCAGCUGCGGUCAAAUCUCAAUUGUCAUGACCUAUUUCCAGUUGUGCGGCGAGGAUUAUCGUUGGUGGUGGCGCAGCUUCAUCGUCUCGGGCGGAUCGGCUGUUUAUGUGCUCUUCUAUAGUAUAUUUUAUUUCUUUACGAAGCUAGAGAUUACAGAAUUUAUACCCACAUUGCUUUAUUUGGGCUACACAGGUCUGAUGGUAUUAACGUUUUGGCUAUUGACCGGUUCUAUUGGCUUCUUUGCUGCCUACGUUUUCAUACUGAAAAUUUAUGGUGCCGUUAAGAUUGAUUAAAGAAGCUUCUCAUUUAAUAUUGCUGCACACCAAACUAUCCCUGUAAUAUCAUUUGAUCAUAAUACUUAUUGCCUAUAUUAUAAAUAUUUAUAUAUGAAAGUCUAGCAUUAUAAAAGCAACUGUACCAAGCCCCAAACAGCCCAAGGCCAUGUGUAAUAUUCUGUUCAAACUCUGCUCUCAAAUCAACUAAUUGUGCUAGUUGCCCAACAGCUACGCUUUUCCAAUCAAAAAAAAAAAUGACAACCGUUUGGGAAACUUAAUUACUAACGUUAAUAGAAUUUCCUUGGGAAUUACUGAACUCUCGAGUGCAUUGCGUUAGGAUAUAUUCUAUAAAUGACUAAUUUAGAUAUGUGUGUAAAAAUCCUAAUCUAAGCUAAUACAUAAACACAAGAAAUCUAAUAAACUAAGCUAAGUAUAAAAGUAUAAAUGGCGAAUACGUGAUUAAAGUAAAUUGAUAAUGGAUAUA